GAGCGACGGCGCCGCGCGCCUCCGCGCCGUCACCGGUCGGUCGCCCGCUCGCCCACCCGUCCGGCGAUUUCUCGUAGCUGCGCCGUGUGUACGUACGUACGCACGCAUAUCCCCGCGUGUCCCGCGUCGUCAUCGGCAAAGAUGGUGGAUGUUUCUUUACCCCGUGCGAGCUCUCGCCAACAGAUUGCUCCGUUGCUGCUCUUGUCAAUUUUUCUCUCUCCUUCCCUCCUACGCCUCGGGCCCGUGAGCCGUAUGAUCGGCGCCGCGCAAAAAGGCGGGAAAUCGCGGCGACGCCGCGCCAGGAACGUGGCCGUGGCCGCGGUCGCGCGAUGGCGAUCGUCGGCGUGGCGGUCCGCGUCCGGCAGGAACGUCGUCGUCGACGGCCGGGUACGGGAGUCGCGCGCGAGGCGUAUGUAUGCACGACGUCGGAGACGAUGCGGGGACGGCAAAAUGGCGGGAAACUUGAACGAGACGACGGUCUUAGUUCAACGGUCCCCCGAUAAUCUUAUCGCGUCGUAAUUAUCAUGUCGUGCCGUGCCGUGUCGUGUCGUGUCGUGUCCGUUUCUCUUUCCUCCACCGUGACUCUUAAUUCUGGAAUAAUCUCGAGACGCGUGCGACUGCGUAACAAAGCAUUUUCUCAAUGUAUAGAUAUAUACGUAACGCGGUACGACAUACGAAUCGUGAACAGUCGACGGAGGAAAAACCGACUCCGACGAAAAACAAACGAAGCGGCACCAAGAGGCUGUCCACUCUCGAAAGGACCGCUCAGGAGGGUGAGGCAAUCCUAAAGGUGCGUCUCGCGGAGAAUCACGCGGGCAUGAACAAAUCCGUCGGCGAAGUAGAAGGGAGAAGACGUACCCGCAGUUCAGCCAGAGGCCUAACUUCGACAACGCCAGUGCCAUCGCCCCCCAAAAAGGAGAAAAGAGAAACGUCGACGAAGGGCGGUGGUGGCCGUGGACGUGGACGCCCCAAGAGGCAAGAGAAGAAUAAUGAAAAUAACACCGACGAAGAAACGUCCAACAACAAAAGUGAAAAGCACACGGAAGAAGAGUCUACAAAGAUGGAGGUAGACGAGAAAAAGGAUGAGGGAAAGGAGGAAAAAGACAGCAAAGCGAUACAGAAUGAAGACAAAAACGCGGAGGCCGCGGACAGUAAAGACAGUAAAGACGCUGAGAAAACGUCCGAGGCCAAUUCCAAGGAUGAGAAGUUAACGGAAGAGUCUGAGAACUUGGACGAAGCUAAAACCACCUCUCCCAGAGAAGAGAAGAAGCAAGAGGAAGUGAAAGACAGCUCGGACUCGAGUCAAGAUGCAACGGACACAGCAGCGGAAGCGCCACCUUUAUCAUCAGAUUCCCAAAAUCCCUCCAACACUGUUACUACCGAGGAAAAUAAGGAAUAACCUCUUUUCGCCUGUUUUAUGAUUACUUUUAUGAGGUACCAAGACGGCGCACAUAUUGGGGUCACACAAAUCCAGUCCCCUUCGUCUAUUUUAACUAAUUAACACCUUCUUGUCGAUCGUUGCUUCAACCAGCGCAUUUAGAGUUUUGCUUUUAUUUUAUCUUCAGACUAUUAUUUCCAAAUAACGCAACUUUCCCGAAAAUAUGUUUCAAUAAAAGUCUAUUGUACUGACGUGAAUAUUAGAGCUUAAAAUAGACUUAAUUUAUCUCUUUCUGCCUAUAUUAUAUAUAUUUAUAUAUAUACAUAUAUAUAUAUAUAUAUAUAUAUAUAUAUAUGCAUAUAUAUAUAUAAUAAUGUAGGGAGAGAUUGUCAAAUCGUGUAUUAAUAGCUUUAAUUCAGUUUCGUCAGUGCAAUUUCUAAGUUUUCACACAUCAAUUAGACAGGUUUUAAACAUUGAUAAUAUUAAUAUUAGAUCUUUGCUGUUUGCUCAUUAUUGUUUUUUGCAUUAUUAUUGUUCUUUUUUAAUAAGAUAUCAAACUGUAAACCUAAUCUAGCCAAGUUUAUUUUUGUUAAUGAAAAUAUAUGCAUAUAUUGUAAAAAUUUUAUUUUACUUCAUCCAACAUAGUAAAAAUUCUUCUUUUGCGCUGGUUAAUUAGCGAUAAGCAACGCGAGGUGUAGAGCAUACGUUGUUCAUGUACAAUGAUAAUAUUAUUGUAAAAUAUAUUUAAUAUGGACUUAUAUAGAGAGAAGAGAAGUUGUUUUCAAAUCAGAGCUGACAUCUCCGGGGUCCUAUAGUAUAAUGAGCCUACGAUUCAGAUCUGAUAUGAAAGUAGCUAUAAAGAUUAAUUCGUACAUAGCAAAUUACUGUAAUACUUUUAUCGUAUAUAAAUAGUGACUGAAUGAAAUGGAAUAUAUGAGAAUUAUGGUGAAAUGAUUUCUCUUUUUCAUGGAUUAUGCGAAAAUAAAAUUUCUGAGAAACGCGUCGCAGCGUUAUCUGUUUUGCUUUCCUCCUUCGCAUAAGUGUCCACUGAUAAUUUUAUGUGAAUGAUAAUUUUCUAACCGACCAUUAAACUCUGUCUCUAAUAUUAGUUAAUAUUCGAGACUAAUAUUCGACGUUAAUAUUAACAAAUCAACAUUAUAGUUAUCAAUAGAUUAUACGCUGUUUCCAUAUCGCUUUGAAAGGGAUCGGAAAGACAAUUUAUUAUCUAAUGGAAAUUUUUCGUUAUCGUCAUUUUACAUGUCUAUUUUUUUUAUCUUUCAAUACGCAAUCCGUUUUCUUUUUUCCCGCUCCUGUCAUCCUCUCCUUCGUUUUUAUCAGUCCAAUAUUAAAUAUGUUAAUAUUAUUGUGUAUUUGAACUGUAUUGCGAGUGUACAGAUAGAUUAUACGAUUGAUCGAUAUACUACGUCUAUAAAGUUUACACCAUUUGAGACACCAACGGUAAUUAUGCCAGCAAGUUUGAUUAUGUAAAAUUGCAUAUGCAAUAAGAAAUAAGGAUUUUUUCUCAUAAAAUUGUAUAGGACUUUAGCUCUUGAACGCGGAAAUUUUGCAAUGAAAAUUAAUAAUAUGCGAAAAUAUAUAUAAAACUCCAAGGAAAUUUCCCGGCCUCUCUUUGAUGCCAAAUAGAUUUAUAGACACCAAGUAGUAGCACGAGAAUAUAGUCGCUAUAAGUAUUUCCUUAUAAGUCAUACUAAUAUGUUUAUUGAAAUUACGUUACAAAGAAACGUGAACCAUUCCAUCUCUGUUUUCUUUAAUUAUCUAUAAUAUCCUCCUGAGAUUUUCGAUUGUAUAUAGCGAAGAUCAAGUGUAAUAUACGUGUAAAUAGUUUAAUAUUAAGCUUCGUGUAUCACACUGGACCUUUUCUUGAUUACUUUUUGUGAAAUCUCAGCUCUUAGGGUGCCUCUAGCAUUAACACGUUGUACGAUAUAUGAGUGUAGAGAAUAUCGGCGAUUUAAGAAU